AUGUCUUAUGCGCCACCUCUUCCUGUCGACGAUUUUACAAAUCGAGAACGGAACCAGUAUACACAUAAUAUUAAAGAUACCAUUGCUUUUUGUCAGCUUUUAGGAUUAAUCGAUGUCAUUCCAUGUUCACCAUGCAAUCAAGAUCAUCAUAACUGUUUUUUUUUGGAAAUAGCAGCUAUAACAACAAUAAAUGCUUCACAAUUUAACAUCACACAAUCAUCAAUUAAUCCUGAUGAACAAAAUCAAGCAGCAGCUAUAACAACAACAAAUGCUUCACAAUUUAAUAUUACAGAAUCAUCAAUUAAUCCUGAUUAG